AACUGGGAUUCUGAGAUACAGAGAAAAUGGGGAGAAGAGAGAUGGAAGAGGAGCAGAAAGCAGAGCUUGUGAAGGAGAUCUGCUUCAUCUCUUCGGCGUUUGCUUCUUGUGAACAUCUCAGCUCCAAUGCCAGGAACAGAGCAUUCGUUGAUUGGUACCUUAUUCUAAAAAAGGUUGAUGAGGAUUCUGAUUUCGAUGUGAUUCGGCGGAGUUACAGACAACUUGCAUUGCAGUUACAUCCAGAUAAGAACAAGCACCCAAAGGCAGAGGUGGCAUUCAAGCUUAUCUCAGAGGCAUAUUACUGUCUCUCUGACAAAGCUCGAAGAAAAUGCUUUAAUGGCGAGAGGAGCAGCAACUUCUGCAAGGAUUGCUAUCUAAGCUGGAAAUCUGAUCACCAUGAGAUUACCAGUAACACCAAAGUUAGCAUCAGUAAAAACUAUAAGAAUAACGAUGAUGAUGCCAACAACAAUAACAAGCCAAAGCCUAGAAGACAACAAUCUUCAAGGCAAAACCAUAUUCUGAGGAGAUUGAAGCAGGUUCAGAACAGAUUCAGAGAAGAAUGUCAUGUUAUUGAGUCUUACCUGAAAUCCACCAUGAUUACCACUGGAAGAGAGUCACCCAUAUUUGAUCCUUAUGAUCCUAGUAGAUUUCCCAAUUAUCCUUAUCGACGGCAAACCAUGGAGGCGACGGCAAUGGCCACCGGGUAUUGCUUCUUUCAGCCUAGUGCAGAUUGGGGACAAGUUCCUUGUGAAUCACCAGUUUAUCAGAUAAGAUCUGAUUGCUGGACAAGAAGAACAUCAAAGCCCCAGUCUUCUAAAGUCUGACUGCUUCAUUGCAGUUCAUUUUCAUGAAUUUUUUCAGUAAGUUUAUACAUUUGCUAUCUAAUUAGAAAGAUUGAAUUAUACAAUCAUAUUAUUAUUGUAUUAUAGAGAAGUUGUCCUAUCAAAUCAGCUAUGGCCUGCUAUUGAUUUUGGUCAACCUAAUCCUAACUACUAUGAAUCUUUCAAAUUUUUGUUUGAAAUUUUCAAUAGGAUAUUAAUGGACAUAUGCACAAUUUUUCUAAUGUGAUCUCAUCAUUGGUAGAGUAAGGAUAUUAAGGUCAAACCCCAACUCCAACAAAACUAAGCCUGGUUUUCCUUUUAGUUUGACAAUGGAUUUACCUAAUGAAUCACAAUUCUUUACCCACCGUUGCUUAGCUUGGUAGUGGACGAAUACGGUUGAGAACCCCCUAACCCUUGCUCGAUUCCCCUCGAGCGG